GGCAGCAUGUCAUGUCUACAAAGCCAGCCAAAACGCAGCAGGUCGGAGGAGCUGCUUUACAUUUUACGACGCAGGGAAAUGACACUGGUGAAUAGGAAGCUUUUAGGUUUGGAUGGUGAUGCAGACCUCCAGUUUCUCCUCGCCGGGGGGGACCUCCUCAAGGUUCGUUCUCCUUCCUGGAAGAAGACCCGCUUCUACAAACUACAGGCUGAUUGCAAGACAAUGUGGCAUGAAUCCAAAAAAACCUUCAGGAAGUCAAACCAGACCUUUUCCAUCGACGAUAUUGCCUCGGUGCGGGCAGGCCGUCAGUCGGAGGGGCUGAGGAAGUACACAGAGGAACGGGCGGAGGGUCGCUGCUUCUCCAUCAUCUUCAAGGGCCAUCGUAAAAACCUGGACCUAAUUGCCAGUUCAGAGGAGGAGGCCAAGCAGUGGAUCUCCAGCUUGGAGAAUUUAAUCCACAGCAUGAACAACCUGAGCAGCCAGCAGAAGACAGAGCACUGGAUCUACAACUGCUUGAAGAAAGCCGACAAAAACAGUGACAACAAGCUGAGUCAGAAAGAGCUCAAGGACUUUCUGCAGCUUAUCAACAUGGAGGUGGAUGACGAUUACGCAGACGUGCUCUUCCAGGAAUGUGAUAAAUCUAGAUCUGGACUUCUUGCUGGGGAGGAAAUUGAGCAUUUCUAUAGCCUGCUGACCCAUCGGGAGGAGAUUGACGUGAUCUAUGGGGAAUACGCCAAAACUGCUGGCUUCAUGAGUCCUGAAAACCUGGUGGAGUUCUUGAUCAAAGAGCAGAGGGAGAAGGCCACGCUGGCAGAUGCACACAAACUUAUCGAGAAGUAUGAGCCUGACGAUAAAGCUAAGGAGAAGAAGUUGCUCUCUAAGGAUGGCUUCCUGAUUUACCUACACCAGCCAGAGGGCUUGAUCCUCAACUCAGCUCAUAAGGAGGUAUACCAGGACAUGAGCCAGCCCCUCAACCACUACUUCAUCUCCUCCUCACACAACACCUAUUUGAUGGAGGAUCAGCUCAAAGGACCCAGCAGCACAGAGGCUUACGUCAGGGCUCUUCUUAAGGGUUGCCGCUGCGUGGAGUUGGACUGCUGGGAUGGGACGGACGGCGAGCCUGUGAUCUACCAUGGCUACACGCUCACCUCAAAGAUCCUCUUCAAAGACACCAUCAAAGCCAUCAAGGAGUAUGCCUUCAAGACUUCAGACUAUCCAGUGAUCCUGUCCCUGGAGAACCACUGUAGCAUAGAGCAACAGAAGGUCAUGGCUUACCAUAUGAGCUCCAUCCUGGGCAGUGCUCUGCUCAUCACACCCCUGGGAGACGGCAUGCCCACCACCUUCCCAUCCCCAGAGGAACUGAAGGGGAAGUUCCUGAUCAAAGGGAAAAGGUUAAACAAGCUGGAGGCCAGCUAUGCUCCUGAAGCUAAGGCUGAAGAGGACACAGACGUGACUGAGGAGGAGGAAUCGGAUGAGGAGGACCAGGAAGAAAAGAAAAAGAAGAAAAAGAAGUUAAAACUUGCGAAGGAGCUCUCGGACAUGGUGGUCUACUGCAAGAGUGUCCACUUCAAUGGCUUCGAGGAUGCCAAACAAAACUUGAGCUUCUAUGAGAUGUCGUCAUUCAAGGAGGGCAAAGCCGUGAGACUGGCUGAGGAGUCCGCCAAUGCCUACAUCCAUCAUAACAUGGACAAGCUGAGCCGCAUCUACCCUGCAGGCUCGAGGACAGAUUCAUGCAACUACAACCCAGUCCCCCUGUGGAAUGCCGGCUGUCAAAUUGUGGCUUUAAACUUUCAGACUCCCUGCACAGACAUGGAUUUGAACCAGGGCAGAUUCCUGAUUAAUGGAAAGAGUGGUUACGUCCUGAAACCGUCAUACCUCAGAGAUGGAGCCACCGAGUUCGACCCCAUCACCCUAACCCGAGGGAAAUGGCUACAGCAUAAGACGCUCCAUAUCAUGGUUAUCUCAGCCCAGCAGCUCCCUAAAGUGAACAAGAAGAAAUCUUCCAUUGUGGACCCACUGGUUAAAAUGGAAAUUUACGGAGUGCCAGCUGAUGUGGCUGUGAAGGAGACGGAAUAUAUCGAAAAUAAUGGUUUUAACCCAACAUGGAAUGAAAACUUCCAGUUCGACGUGUACGUGCCAGAGCUGGCGCUGGUGCGUUUUGUUGUGGAAGACUACGAUUCUACAUCCGAUAACGAGUUUGUUGCCCAGUACACUCUGCCAAUCAACAGCUUACAAAUGGGAUACAGACAUGUGCCUCUGUUCAAUAAGAACGGACACCUUCUCCCCUCAGCUCGACUCUUUUUACAUAUGAUGGUCCUUGACGCUGAAUAAGAGGUCUCCAGUCGUCAUGUUUCCCCUCUGUGAAACAACAACAGUAGUCUCUAGUCCACUACUGGCCUGAUAUCCAGAAGACGUCAGUUUUUUUUUUAAUUGGACUUUAUAUAUGUUUUUAAUAUCGAAAAGGAUUUUGCGGUUUUAGUUCAUGAGGAACUGAUAAGCAUCAUUCCGGAAGUUACGAGACAAACGCCACGUCUUCCACGAGGGACAACAGCAGCAAUUUAUUAAAGGAGACCACCAUCUACAAAUAGGGUUUUUCUUGUGGAGCGGGUAGACAUACACACUCAAUUAACAACGUAAUGCUACAUGUUAAGCAAAGGAAAUGGCUUCACAGGGAUUGUUGUGGAAGGCCCGUUUUAAUGGGCUCGCAUCAGCUGCAAUACUAUAACACCACGUUCACUGUGUAAUGGCUAUGGGUUUUUUUUCUAAACUGCUCAUAUCCCAUAGUUCUGGUUAGUCUUGUAACUUGUAUGUUUUCAUUGAUCACUGAAUGCUUAUUUUAUGACUUUUAAACAAACAUCCAGAGGUUCCUUACUUUAAAGGUAGAAUGAGUUGGAUUUUCCUACAAAUCACUGUAUAGACAAACAAAAGUAAUCCCUCUCAAUCAUCACUUAUGACCCACUAGACGUGUGUGGUGGUGUCUGUAUCUGCAGAGACCCUGUCCUCUGCCUGUAUUUUCUUAUGUUGCUGUGUAUGGGACGUUUCUGGGCGUUAACCUUUGGCCAGUGGGACUCUAUAAAAAUGUAGCGACCAGGUGCCAGAUCGAGAUUGUAAGCACGCAUUCAAGAGGAAGCUACGACAAUGGUGGACACUGUGUUGAAAAGACGCAAAUACAGCGAGGCAAAACACCAAGCGGACUAAGCUCAUUCCAAAACGACAGUGAAUCUGGGGCUGGCUUUCCCCCGCUGGCGAGCACUGAAGGGGAGGAUGGGGAUGAAGAGCGACGUGGAGUUGGCCUGUACACUGGGAUGUGUUCUGGUAACUGUGGUCAGGGAGCGUGUCCUUCUGGUGUCAUUGCGGAGGGGCCAACUUUGAAUGUUGUUUACGAACCGCAACCGACAAAUCCUACUGGUUCUACCUUUUAACCUUUUUUCAUUGUGAGGAUGUAUGUAUUUUUAAACAAGGUUUCACUUUUCAGGUAAAGUCAUCCGAGUAUACUUCUUUCUCUAUUUUGUAAAUCUGAUAAAACAUC